AUGAAGAAGGUCUUUGGUCGGAAAUCUCGCCCAUCAAGCGCCUCCUCUUCGUCGUCACGCCACGACAGGCCGCCCGACCCCAUGACCCAGGCGGGAAAGCCAGCAGCAUCUACGAUGGCGUCCUUUCACCAGUUCAACGACCUCCCGUACGAGCUUCAGACCUACAUCUUCACAUUCCUCCCGGCCAGGACACUGCACAAGACCAUUGCGCGGACGAACAAGUACUACAUGGCCAUGGUCGAUGCCUACACCCGUCGCAGGCUUCUGAGGCUCAUCGGCGCCUCCUCGGCCGCCAAGAGCUUCAAGGACGACGACAGACCAGAGACGGUCCUUGUGUUUGAGGCACAACGGCCCAUCGACACACUCACGUCGAAGCACGUCCUCUACUUUUCCCACUUCAGCGUCACCUCGAGCAUCCCCAGCCCUCUGCCACCGGGUCGAGGCACGGGCGUGGGUGACGCUGUGCCGAGCCCGGGAACAUCGGCGGCCAUACCUGGAGGCGCAUACAGCACCCUGGUCAACUUCAGCUUUCUACCCGCCCUCCUGCCUCUCGGCGUUGCUGAGUGCGCCGACGACGUGGACGAGCUCUCAUCGCGGGCUUCGUCCAUGGACGUCGACUCGAGCGCAGAAGAGGGCAUCGAGCUUUCUCAGCCAACGUCCCGCUUCGCACCCCAUGGCGCGCCCAGCGCAACGACGGGGCCCGGCCAGGCCAGCGUGCCCAUCGUGCACCGGGACGACUGGCAGAGGACUGGUGCAGAGCAUCUGACGAGCUCCGUCGCUUCGCCUUCGUCGCUGGAGCCCCGCCAAGUGACGGCACUAGACUUGCCAGAAGGCGCCAUGGACCAGGCAAGCCUAAGUACAACACCUCGCGCGGCAACACCGACCUUUGCGUCGUCGUCCUCAAACACGCCCGGUUCUAGUCGACGUCCCUUUACGGAUGUAGCCAUUCCAAACCAGUGGCGCCCGUCGAAUCUCGCCCCGACUCGCUUGGUGAUGGUCGACGACAGUGGCACCGCGACACCGGCAGCCGCUGCUGCUGAACGGGGCCGAGCGCAGACACCCGAAGUAGGAGCGUCUUCCUCACAGCAGCGCGCCCUCGGCAUUGCAGCUGCGCGGCGGCGGGGCAGGGCCCAGGAGGGCUACGAGGGCUUCGGCCACACCGACCCACGCAUUCAGGGCGGCUGGUCCGAGCCCGUCGCCUCGACGGCCGCCGCGUACGACAGCGACUACUACAACACGACGAGCGAGAGCGAAGAGGCGAGCCGGAGCGGCUCCCGGCCCCGGCCUCGUCACGCCGCAGUACUAGCCGCGGCGGCGCUGGCCAAGCGAAGAAACAGGCUGGCAAGGGCGAAGAAGCCUACCUAUCGCUUCCAGCUCGAUCCGCUCGACUCGUUUGAGACAUGGAUCUUGUCACUGACGCUCCAGCGACGCCUGGUCGAUGGGCGUGCCAGCGGUGGUGGUGGUGCUGCUGGUCCUGUCGCUGGUGGCGGGCCGGCAAUCUCAUCCUUGUCAACAAGGCAGAUGAGGUGGGAGAAGCGAGUGGCCGAAGGGCUCGAUCGCGUCUUUCGAGACUGGUUCUCGACCCCUGUCCAGCCGCAGUACGAUGGCAUUGGAAGGGCCUAUGUUCGCAACGACGAGCACGAGCAGGGGGAGAGUGCCCUGGCGAGGGCCCAGCGGAUCUCGACGUUGCACUUUGGCUUCACCCCUCCCUCAGGGGCCGGCUCCGACGUCAAGGCGUCCGGCGAGGUGCUUGAUAUGGAAGAGGCUGGCUCCGAUGACGAUGAUGAUGGCAACAAUGCCGACGAAGAGACCAUUCCCGAUCUCAGAACGCUGGAGUUUGACGGCCCCAGCUGCACAAUGUCGAUCCAGCCGCACCCCAACUCCGCCGACCGUGGCGGGACCCGCGAGGACACGGUCCACCCCGCGCUCUCGAGCAUGUAUUCGCACAACUACCUCUCCUCGCACUCGCUCUCGGCUCGUUACGCCUCACUGUCGAGCCGUGUCGAGCUGACGUUCCACUGCGAGAGCGUCACAAUCAAUGCGGCCCGGCUCCUGUCGACGCUCGAGGACGUAGAGACGGACGUGGCGAUUGCGCAAGCGCGUGCAAGGAGGAAUGGAGACCAUGUCCUCGCCGGCCGCAGCGGGACCGACAGCAGUUCCUGGGCAUAUGGUAGCGGGGGCUCAAGGUACUCCUCGAGCAACUCUGCCAACGUCGUGUCGAGGUCCGACGGCGUCUCGGUCGUCGUCUUUGGAGCCGUCCGAGACUGA